UCUUUCCAAAAAAAUGCAUUAACCCAUCCAUUCUCUGUUCUGCAGAAACCCUCUUGAGCUUCGUGGACGACAUCCUGUCUGGGGCCAGGUCUCCAUGUGUGAUGCUGGGGGACAUCCCAAACCUGCUGUCUUCCUCCAUCAGUCUGAUCAUUCGCUGCCUGGAACCUGACGCAACAUACAUGUUCCGUCUGUGGGCUGUAGACAACACAGGACGGCGGUCCAGUCCGAGUGAGGUCACCAUCAAGACUCCGUGUCCGACUGUGGAUGAUGUCAAAGCGCAGGAAAUUGCUGACAAGAUCUACAAUCUGUUCAAUGGCUACACAAGCGGGAAAGAGCAGCAGACCGCCUACAACACUCUCAUGGACCUGGGCGCUCCCACACUGCACCGCGUGCUUUACCACUACAACCAGCGCUACGAGAGCUUCGGAGAAUUCACCUGGAGGUGUGAGGAUGAGCUGGGACCGAGGAAGGCGGGUCUCAUCCUCUCCCAGCUGGACGAGCUCUCUCUGUGGUGUAAGGGCCUCCUGCAGGAACCAAAGAUCGGCCUUCGCCGGAUGUCCCUCAAGUUCCUGUCCUGCCGCUACACCGACACCAAAGCCUUUGGGCUCAACUGGUCCGAGAUGGGCCAAGAUGUACACAAGGCCUGUGACGAGCAGACACUCACCGUCAUGUACAACGACUACGGAGAGCCCAAGGAGCUCUAGAGGUUUGAGUUUCCCAAGGAUCAGCACCGUUUCCUCACAGUUUCCCAAGAAAACGUAACCAAUUUUACAUUCGGCUGGCAAGGCGGCUGAGAGUCACGUCUCAUUUCUAAGUGCUGCACAUUAUUUGAAGCAUUUCAUGCUUGAAAUAAAAUUCAAGCAUGAUUUUUAGUCAUUUUUCCAACUUUGGUAACCUGCUAAGGAAAGACAAAAGUUUAUGUACAACUUGUCUUAAGCAAACUAUAUUCAUGAGUUGGGUCUAAAAAGUUUCAUGUUUCAAAGGUAAAUCUGCUCAAUUUACCCUUAAUGAUACUCAGAAACAAAGUACUAAUUAUUAGCACUGCUCUGUAGCAUCUGAGCUUUUGGUCAAUCUGUAAACUUCUUUAUUCUAAUGAAGAGUUAAAAUUAAAGAAAUCUAUUUUAAAUUAAAGGGAUAGCAACAGUGGCCUCUACAAGUUUGAACUUGGAUAGAUCCACACUGUUACAUGUGGUUUAUAUUAAAUCCUCUCAAGACAACAGUUUUCAUCAAUACAAUUCUCUAACUUGAUCCGAAUUAAAGUGUUGCUCUUGGCUAGCACCUACCAAACAAUGAGAUAAAUAAUCCCACUUUACAUUGUGGCAUUUCUCUUAUCUGCAAAACAGACAAAUUACUUUUUCUUUGAGCUUGAGAAGUUAAUGUAGAGUGUUAUGCAUAUGCAUCUUAAUAAAUUAGGACAUCAUCAAAAUGUUUCUUUAUUUCAGUAAUUCAAUUUGAAAAUUGAAACAAAUAGAUUCGAUUUUCAUUUUUAUGGCCGUAGCUUCCAGCUGAUGAAAUUCCCAAAUUUGUUUGCUUAGCAGAUUUGAAAAUGACACAAGAGCAGUAAAAAAAAAAAAACAGUGUUAAAAACGAAAUGUAAAAAUGUAUGACCAUACAGUGAAUGCAUUCAAUAGUCGGUCCGGUCGCAGUCUGCCUUCGGCUCUUUUAGCGAAGUCCAGGUUGGCAUUGCUUCAUCUUCCUGUUGUUGUUAACCUUGUUGUUUUGCUCACUUUUAAUCACCAUAGUUGUUCUUUUUUUUCAUCCACUCAUUGCUCCAACAAUAUGUUUGGAUGCAGUCCUCUUGCAAAUAGCCGGCUUCUUGCUGGGUUAUUUUCAAUAGUUUUCCCUUUUAUCAUGUAAGACAUAAUAUUAAAAAUUUUUUAAAUGAAAUAAUAGUUCGAUUUUCCCAUCUUCUGAUUUCAUUCGUUUUAAAGCCGCAGCAUGUAACUUUUAUGGAGACUAUGCUUUGUAUAUGUUUGUUGAAACUGUCACUAUGCUGUGACAGUAUAAGAUGUAAUCUGUGGUUGCGCCGCCAUCUGCAGAAAAGACCAAUCAGAGGCAGGAGGAGGAGGGUCUUAGCGCUGUCAAUCACCCUCAUGUACAGCUUUUGUAAAAGUUACAUAUUGCCGCUUCAAGCUAUGAAACUAAUCAAAAUUAUUGGAAAUAAUUUAUAUUAGUGCAAUAGGUGCAUAAUUAGGCAUUUUAAUGACGCCUUAAUCCACUGAUGCUGUCCUGAAUUGUCGCUGGGCAGAAUUUUCUCUCUUUGGUGGGCCUCUGUAUUGAACUAUGCUGGUAGAAAGGUAAGCAAAGUACAUGGAAGAAUUGUGGAGCUGUUUUAGAGAUUAAAAAAAAAAGGUUUACACUGUACAUAACAUUAUCAUGAAGUUUUAGCAACGACAUAUAUAUAUAACCUGAAUGUAGUGUUGAUACUUACUUAUUUACCGUUGUAAACUAUUUGUUUGAAAUAACUCAAACUCAAGCCGCGUUGACUUACUUCAGUAAUAACAUUUAAAAAAAAAAUUCAAACAGUAUUUUCUUAAUCUUUUUAAUGUUCAAACAACAUCAGUUUUAACCAGCAGUAAAUCGACACUAAAGCUGCAAAACAGCUCUGUCUUAAUAUUUAAAACAUUUGUUUGUUUGUCAUUUAAAUGUAAUGAUUUGGUCUGGAAAACAUCUCAUUUUGUGCUUGAAACAAUUUUCUUUAACUUCGUGUAUAAUUUUAAUAACACGUCUGACGGCCAUGUCGAUGAUUGAUGUCGGAAAGAUUUUUUUUUCUUUUUAACAAAUCUAAAGUGUGAAUACUAAAAUAAACGCCUGUAGAUUUUUGUAUAGAUAGUAAUACAUAAUUACAUCACGAGUUAAUCUUUUACUCCUGUAUAUACGAUAUACUCCUUGUGAUAUUUUACUGCAUUGAUGUGUGCUUUAGUCGAUAUCUUAACAAACCUGCAUAUAAGCUGUGUAUUGUAGUUUUUGCAAGAUUAAUGCACUGAUUUUGUCCCUGUGAGUGAUAUGAUUGUAAUUUGGGAACACCGACUUUUGGAGCAGCUUGGGGGUGAAAUUAAGGACCAUUAAAAAAAAAAAAAAAAAAAACGAAAUCCGUUUUUAUCUUUGAAAAUGUUUCUGAUCUGCAUGAAAUCAUGUUUAUAAUAUGUGUCAAAUAAACUACUGAGUUUUCAUGUUGAUCUUUGCUACUUUAAGCAACAGAGGCUACGAAACACUUACCAAUGAAGUUUUUCACGGCACUAAUGGUUUGUCUGUCAAAUCUUUAAUUUGUGCUCCACAGAUGUUCCUGCUCCUAUUUUACUGUCAGCUUUCUGUGACAGCAUUGAGACUGGUGUUGCUAAUUGUUGUUGCAGUUCUGACCUCAGUGCUCAGACUGCUGCCCAAAUGUUUCAUUGAAAUAAAAUAAUCCUUGAAAAAUGUG